AAUAAAGAAAUGAAAUGUUGAUGCAAAGAAUCGUUUGCUAAAUUAGAAUUAGCUUAUUUUAUUGGCAGUACAAUACAAAAAGAAAAAAACAUGAGAAAUAUAAGACAAAUUUCUUAUAUUGGUUUAUUCACACUUUACCAGAAAUUAAAUUAAUUAAGAAGUAGUAAUUCAUUUCGGUCCAAAUUGUCUGGUUGAAAACUGUUUUGUGGGUUGGUAUUUGGUAAGGUUUCCAAUUUUUAAGGUAUACUUCCUACAUUGAAAACUGAAGUCUUGGAACUUGGGAUUUUGGGAGUUUUGUUGACAAUACAUUGGAGAAAGAGAAACUAAAAGAGGGCACAAUAAUGGGUUCUUUUGGGAAACUUGCAAGAAGGGCUUUGGAGACUGAAUCACCAGUUAUGGUUCAGAUACAAGAAUUGUACAGGUCUACCAAAGAUGCUGUGUCUUUGGCUCAGUUUUGCUUCUGUAGAAGGCUCCUGUGCUGACCGCCCUCACAUCUAACUUUUUGUGUAGGGCGUGGUGUAUUGGCAACCACCAAAGCAAGCAUUGACCAAAGUAAAGGAUCUUGUGUUUGACCCUAAAAUCAGUCGGUAUGGUGCUGAUGAAGGUAUCCCUGAGUUAAGAGAUGCCCUGAUGCAGAAGUUACGAACAGAGAACAAGUUGACCAAAUCAAAGAUCAUGGUUACAGCUGGUGCAAAUCAGGGAUUCGUGAAUCUUGUUCUUGCUCUAUGCGAUGCUGGGGAUUCUGUGGUUAUGUUUGCACCAUAUUACUUCAAUGCAUACAUGUCUUUCCAAAUGACUGGUGUUAGUAACAUACUAGUUGGUCCUGGUGAUCCAGAGACGCUGUAUCCAAAUGCAGACUGGCUUGAGAAUACUCUCAAGACAAACCCUCCACCGAAGGUGGUCACAGUUGUUAAUCCGGGUAAUCCAUCUGGGACCUACAUACCCGAACCUCUCCUCAAGAGAAUUUCCGAUCUUUGUAAAGGUGCUGGCUCUUGGCUCAUUGUAGAUAAUACCUAUGAAUAUUUCAUGUAUGAUGGCCGGAAGCACUCGUGUGUAGAAGGAGAUCACAUCGUCAACCUUUUUUCCUUCUCAAAAGCUUACGGGAUGAUGGGAUGGCGUGUUGGAUAUAUAGCAUACCCUGCUGGAGUAGACGGGUUCUUAGAUCAGCUCCUGAAGGUGCAAGACAAUAUUCCGAUUUGCGCAUCCAUAAUCUCUCAGUACUUAGCCUUUCAUUCUAUGGAGGUAGGAACAGAUUGGGUAAAAGAGCAAGUUAAGGACUUAGUCAAGAACCGGGAGCUUAUAAAGGAUGCACUUUCCAUUCUAGGCAAGAACGCUGUGAAAGGGGGAGAAGGUGCUAUCUAUCUAUGGGUAAAGCUUCCCGACGAGUUCCAAGACGACUUUAAGAUUAUCCGUUGGCUUGCUCGUCGACAUAAGUUGAUCUUGAUUCCAGGGAGCGCCUGUGGAUGCCCUGGACACCUUCGGAUAUCAUUUGGUGGUUUGCCGGAGGCUGAAACUGCUGUUGCUGCCGAGAGGCUUAGAAAGGGCAUGGAAGAAUUGUUGAUAGAUGGAAUGGUGGAGGAAUGAUUGAAGAUGUCUAGCUUAUUCUCUUUUUUGGGGAUAAACUGAAAUUUAUAGGAAGGUUGAAUUGAAUAAUUAUACAAUUAUCAUUGUAGUACAUUUGUAUGAAGAAAGGCAAGUUAUUGCUGUAAAUGUAAUGACUUGUAUAGAAUGACUAAAACUUAACCUUCUUGGGAAAAAAAAACUCCAUUUUGCAACCACACUGUGUUUAGGCAACUUGAAAUAAUAGCUUCUUUUGAGAUA